AUGACUGAAUUUAAUACAAUUGCUAUAAAAAAGAUUACCUCAUUUCUUGCAUCUAUUAUUUUAACAAUAGCAUUUCGUCAAUGGAAAAUACGGCUUACCUAUACUAUAGCUUCUUUAUAUAAAAAGCCUAAAUUAAUAUAUUCUCUGCAAGCCAUAUUACGUAUGCGUAUAAACAAAUCUAAUCCUUUAACAAGAUUGAUCAAAGGUCCGAAUAUAUGGAAUAUUGCUGUUAUUGAUAACAUUGACUUCAAGAAUAUUGUUUUUAAAUAUGGAAAUAUUUAUAAUGUUACGUGGCAAUCUGCACAUGCCACUCUAAGAAUUGUGUUUCAAUUUGAACUUCUAUUCAAUCUCUCAUCUCUUGCUCAAGGUGUUGAGUAA